CUAGCGCCGGCGCGGUCCCCUCAGAGGGGCGCUGGUGCGCGGGCUGGGCGCUCGCGGCCGGGUGGGGACGCGAACGCUGCGCGAUGAGCGGCGCGGAGGACCGUGGCCCCGGGGCCGGCGCUGCCCCCGCCGAGCCCCCGGGCGCGGUGCUGAGCGUGGAUGUAGCGGGGCUGCUGGCGCAGCUGGCGCGCAGCUUCGCGCUGCUGCUGCCGGUGUACGCCCUCGGCUACCUGGGCCUGAGCUUCAGCUGGGUGCUGCUGGCGCUCGGGCUGCUCGUGUGGUGCCGGAGGAGCCGCGGCCUCAAGGCGACCCGCCUGUGUCGCGCACUGGCGCUGCUGGAGGACGAGGAGCGCGCCGUGCGCCUGGGGGUGCGCGCCUGCGACCUGCCGGCCUGGGUUCAUUUUCCAGACACUGAAAGAGCAGAAUGGCUAAAUAAGACUGUAAAACAUAUGUGGCCUUUUAUUUGCCAGUUUAUAGAGAAGUUGUUUCGAGAAACUAUAGAGCCAGCUGUGCGGGGAGCAAACACCCACCUUAGCACUUUCAGUUUCACAAAAGUUGACGUGGGUCAGCAGCCCCUCAGGAUCAAUGGUGUUAAGGUGUACACUGAAAAUGUGGACAAAAGGCAAAUUAUUUUGGACCUUCAGAUUAGUUUUGUAGGAAACUGUGAGAUUGAUUUGGAGAUCAAGCGAUAUUUUUGUAGAGCCGGUGUGCAAAGUAUACAGAUUCAUGGUACAAUGCGAGUGAUCCUGGAACCGUUGAUUGGAGACAUGCCCCUAGUGGGAGCCUUGUCUAUCUUCUUCCUUAGGAAACCACUUAUAGAAAUUAACUGGACAGGACUGACCAACCUUCUCGAUAUCCCUGGAUUGAAUGGUCUGUCAGAUACGAUCAUUCUGGAUAUAAUAUCAAACUAUUUGGUGCUUCCCAAUCGGAUCACCGUUCCUCUUGUCAGUGAAGUUCAAAUAGCUCAAUUGCGGUUUCCUAUACCAAAGGGUGUUCUAAGGAUACAUUUUAUUGAAGCUCAGGAUCUUCAGGGGAAAGAUACGUACCUUAAGGGACUCGUCAAGGGAAAGUCAGACCCCUAUGGAGUUAUUCGAGUUGGCAACCAGAUCUUCCAAAGCAAGGUCAUCAAAGAGAACCUCAGUCCCAAGUGGAAUGAGGUGUACGAGGCUUUAGUUUAUGAACAUCCUGGACAGGAAUUAGAGAUUGAGCUCUUUGAUGAAGACCCAGACAAGGAUGACUUCCUAGGAAGUCUUAUGAUUGAUCUUAUUGAAGUUGAGAAGGAGCGCCUUUUAGAUGAAUGGUUCGCCCUGGACGAGGUUCCCAGAGGAAAGCUGCACUUGAAACUGGAGUGGCUCACAUUAAUGCCAAAUGCUUCAAACCUCGACAAGGUGCUAACAGACAUCAGGGCUGACAAAGACCAAGCCAAUGAUGGUCUUUCCUCUUCAUUGCUGAUUUUGUAUUUGGAUUCAGCAAGGAACCUUCCGAGUAACCCAUUAGAAUUUAACCCUGAUGUCUUGAAGAAGUCUGCAGUUCAGAAAGCUUUAAAGUCAGGGAAGAAAAUAAACAGCAAUCCAAACCCUCUUGUCCAGAUGUCAGUUGGACACAAGGCCCAGGAGAGCAAGAUUCGGUACAAAACCAAUGAACCUGUGUGGGAGGAAAACUUCACCUUCUUCAUUCACAAUCCCAAGCGCCAGGACCUCGAAGUCGAGGUCAAAGAUGAACAGCAUCAGUGUUCUCUGGGACAUCUGAAGAUCCCUCUCAGUCAGCUGCUUACCAGCGAUGACAUGACCAUGAACCAACGAUUCCAACUCAGUAAUUCAGGUCCCAACAGCACUCUGAAGAUGAAGAUCGCUCUCAGGGUACUCCAACUCGAAAAGCAAGAAAGGUCUCCAGACCACCAACAUUCAGCUCAAGUAAAGCGACCCUCUGUUUCUAAAGAAGGGAGGAAAAUAUCGGUGAGACCUCAGAUGUCUGCAUCGCCAGGCUCUGGUGACAGCAGCACAGCCCCGUGCACGCCAGUAAUCGGGAGCAGUGAUAAGCCUGGUGUGGAAGAGAGAGCCCAGCCUGUGGAGGCCAGCCCCCAGGGGCCACGAGACCUGGGCAGAAGCUCCUCCAGCCUUCAGGCCAGUGCCACCUGCUCGCCCAGCCACAUCUCCGUCAAGGAGCCCACCCCAAGCAUAGCCUCAGACAUAUCACUGCCCAUCGCCACCCAGGAACUUCGGCAGAGACUGCGGCAGCUAGAGAAUGGGACAACCCUGGGGCAGUCGCCCCUGGGGCAGAUCCAGCUGACCAUCCGGCACAGCUCACAGAGAAACAAGCUCGUGGUGGUUGUGCACUCCUGCAGAAAUCUCAUUGCCUUCUCUGAAGAUGGCUCUGACCCCUAUGUCCGCAUGUAUUUGUUACCAGACAAGAGGAGAUCAGGAAGGAGAAAAACACACGUGUCAAAGAAAACACUGAACCCCGUGUUUGACCAGAGCUUUGAUUUCAGUGUUUCAUUACCAGAGGUACAGAGGAGAACGUUGGAUGUAGCAGUGAAAAACAGUGGCGGCUUCCUGUCCAAAGAUAAAGGGCUUCUUGGCAAAGUGUUGGUUGGUCUGGCGUCUGAAGAACUAGCCAAGGGUUGGACCCAGUGGUAUGACCUCACGGAAGAUGGCACAAGACCACACGUGGUGACGUAGUCCAUGCCGGGCGCGAGGAGCCUGCCACAGUGUCCCCGCCCACCCUUGUGUGCUCAGAGCACACCCUCCCUCCCGCACAUGUACCAAUACUGUUUUUAUAAUUUCAGUGUAUUUAGUUAUAUAAAUCUUCAUAGUUUUAUAAACCAUGUUGACAUUUUAGGCAUAUUUGGCCAAUAUUAUCAUUAGAUUUUGUAUGUUUAAUUUUCUGUAGUAUUUCACCAGUUAUUAUAGUGUGUAAUAAGGUAGCAGUUAAUCACCAUGUCACGUAAAGGUGUAUGUCAGUUAUAUCUACUAGGGAGCAGACGUAUGUAUAUUGCUUUACUGUCGCCUUGUUUUGUACACACUGAGGUACACUAUGCCAUGUAAAUAGACUAUUUUUUAUAAUCUCUACAUGCUGGUUUGAAUUCUGAAGAAAAUGGAUUAAGGAAAUAUAUUUUUUUCUUCUAAAAUGUAUGAAAUUCUUACGACAGAUAAUCAUUUUGUCUUUGCAGGGUAAAGUUCUCAGUGACCAAUUUUAUGGUGUUUCUUUUUUUAAAACAGGCUGAAAAUUUAAAUAUUAGUAUUCUGCCCAUCAUGAAUGACGGAAGUAUUCAAAAUAUUACCAGUUUCAUAAAUAUAAAGAUGUAUUAUUGAGAGUUAGUUGAAGUGCUUAUAAGGAAAAGUGUAUAACUGAGUAAUACAAAAUACUAAGAGCAUUGUCAUGAUUCAUAAAUCAUGGUGCACUAAUUUGAAAUUUCUUAUGUAAAAUGAAAUGUCUUAAGUUUAUUUUUAAUUGCUUGAUAUAACUUAUUCAUGAAGUAGUACACAGAUACACAGUUAUACUUCCUAAAAUAUAAUACAAAUUUCCAAUGUUAGCACUUAGGCUAUUGUGAAACCAUCCGUCAUGAGCUUUGUUAAUUUUCAGUGUUUUCCCAGCCUGUGAAGACAGGCUCACAUGCUCACCAUAAAGUUUGUGGGAUAGAUCUGGUAAGUAGGUAGGAAGUUGUUUUAAAAACCAACAGCUCGUCAUUCAUUCAUCGUCAGUGCGACAUCAUCCGUCGGACCCUGUGCGCGAGGCCAUGCGCUGCUGGGACCAGAGGGUUCCAGCACGGCGGCUGUUGACUUUCAAUAACCAUUUCCUGAGUCUCUUCACUUGAUGCCGUGACUGACCUCAGUAUUGGGAUAUUGUGAUUCUGUUUUUAUUUUGGAAUACUUGUUUUCUUUUUGGAUUAUUGUAGCAUGUUUUGUAUCCUCGAGUCCCAAGCCUCUUGGGGGAUGAAGCUCUGCAGCAGUGUCGUGCAUGUGUCCGAGAAAUGUAUGAUGCAGAUGACUUCCUCAGCCAGGAGAACAUUCUAUAUCAUGUAUGCAGAUACUGGGGGAAUAGAACUUUGCGACUAAAAUUGGAGAUCUUACCAUAAAUCGUCUCGUGGACUCACGGACUGCUCAUGUGACCAAAAUACCAAAGUGCCUGUGGUGGACGCUGAUUGUUAUUCCUGCGCACGUCUGCCUUCCAGCAGAUUUCAUGUUUGUUUUCAUUUACACUUGGAACCAUGGGUUUGUUUAUAAUGGCGUCUAUAGUUCACAACACAUUUCAUGUAACCAUAAAGACAGUAUAAUCUCACUGUUUCCUAGUUAAUGAAACUUCACUAUAAACCAUGUUCAAUGUACAGGAGGAAGUUUAUUAAUAUAUUGAUGCACACAUAAACAUGCACACAAAAAAUUUAACUGUGGUAUUUUAGUAGCAUGAUAAAGGCAGGUAAUUACUUACUAAAUCUAGUUGCCUGCCCAUGGUAUUAGAUUUAUUAAAGAUUUGUUUUUUUAAUUCAGUCUGUUGAAGGGCUUCUGGCAUAAUCUAUAAAAAGAGAACCACUCACUGGUUCCAUACCGAUAAUUUUUACCAACAUCCUAAACAUGUGGGUUUUGCAAUCAUGUGCUCACCAAUAGGUACAUAUUUACUUUAUGGAAUGCUUUAUUUAAGUAAUGAGGCAAAAUAAAUACAAUGAAAGGUAGAAAGCCAGUUAGCAGCAUGACACGUGCCUUGUGAUACAGGGACUGGGGAACCUGGAGACAGACACAUCUGCAGGUUCUGAAGCCUCUGGCAGUGGGCUUCAUUCUGCUUAAGAGGAAAGAGAAAGGAAAGGGACUAUUCUGAAGAUAUAAAACGUUUCCCGAUGCUAUCCUGUCUUUUGUGGCAAGAUGAGCAUUCAAUGAGAAACUCAUACCCUGUGGGGAGGCUUGAGAAUUACUGUCGAGGCCAGACUCCAGGAUCCUGGUGAUGGAGAACACUUGAGUUCUCAAAAUGUUCAUCACUGAUUCAAUAAUCACUUCAUCCAGGAAAAGGGAAUGUUAACUUUUCUAUAUUAAGCCAAACCAAUGGGAGGAAAAUUAAAUGAAUUUGAAUUCUGUUAGUUUUUACAUGUGGGUUGCCUAUCCUGUGCCUUAAAGUAUGGAAGUUUGGCGGUGUUGUUUUCAAGUUUCAGAUCAUAGCUGUAUUCAACUUACAUUCUAUACUAGGAGAAUUCAUUCGCAGAUAUGCUUCAUCAGGAGGUCAGCCCUUCUCCAAGAACCUAAGCUCAGUGUAGACCAGUGUGUAUAAACUCUGGUCGUCACCCACUGCAAAUGGAAAACAGAGGGUUUUUUUAAUUAUUAUGAUAGAAUGUCCUUUUUGAUCGACUAAUUUUACAUGACAGUGCAUGUAUUUAUUCAAUAAACUUUUAUGUUCGCUAACUU